GCCUGUGUCCCUGGCACAUAUACAAAACGUGCUGGAAGAGUUCUGAAUGCAUUUGUUUACUUGUUGUAAUUGGGUAUUCUUAAAUGGUUUGAGUAAACCCUGUGUGGACUGGAGUGUUGUUAUCCUUGUGUGGGUCUGUGCUCAUAGUAACCGCUGUGCUCAUAGUAACCGCCAGGGGGCGGUAUGUUGACGUGCAGAACUUGUAUACAAUUCAGAUAUGUUCAGUUGUUUUUGGAUCUACAAUGAUCUUGAAAGGUUAUUUUCUACUGUGUGAAUGAUUGAUUCGUUUUUGUUCAUAAUAUACACUUUCAUCGCGUUUAGUCGUUUUGGUAGUUGUAAAUGUACCAAAUACAUCAUUUUUCAUUGUCCAUUUCUCUGUAUAAUUCCUGGUAUUCGGACAAUUCUUGGUAGCCUGAUUCUCGACAAGUAAACAUGUCCCUUCUUUGUGUCUUUGAAGUACUGUAGUGUUCCUCACCAUCUCAUCCGGUUUUUCCCAGUUUCGGCAGAGGGUGCAUCCUCUAAAUAAUUUAUGAAAAUGAAAUCAGCUGAGCCGCAGGUAUGGGCGUUUCCUACAUAGAUUAUGCAAAUAUUAGUAUCCCUCCACCAAUCGGGUGCAUCGGAGCGCUGUUUUUCUUAGAUGCAUUAUGCAAAUGUCCCCGGGCUGCAGAUUUUCAGCCGAGCGGAGAUGAGCUGACCUUGGAGAUUCUUUGUGCUGCAGCGGUAGAUAGAUGUUCAGGUUUCCCGGGAUACGAGGCUUUUCUGAAGGGACAUAAAGUGCCUGCUUACGCCUCUCCGAACCACGGAACUAGAGAAUGUGAUUUGUGAUACACGAUAAUCGUCGAGAGGAGUUUUUCGUUGCUUAAAGCUUGGUUUAUAUCUGUGAUAUAGCAUGAAUAGUCCGUACUAUACAACAGUGGCGAUGGAUCUCGGUGUUUGCCAGUUAAGGAAUUUUUCUAUCUCGUUUUUAUCUUCGUUACUGAGCUCGGAUAGUUCACCUGUCAGGCUCGACAAUAGUUCGUCAGGAGCCAGUGUGGUGGCCAUAGACAACAAAAUUGAACAGGCUAUGGACCUGGUGAAGAGCCACCUGAUGUACGCAGUGAGGGAGGAGGUGGAGGUUCUGAAGGAGCAGAUCAAGGAGCUGAUUGAGAGGAACUCCCAGCUUGAGCAGGAGAACAGCCUUCUGAAGACCCUGGCCAGCCCAGAGCAGAUGGCUCAGUUCCAGGCCCAGACCCAGACAGGCUCCCCUCCCACCUCCACACAGCCUCCAGCCCAGGCACCAACCCUACCCCCGACCCAACCAUCACACAACUCUGGACCCUCUGCGUAGCAUCACCUCCUACCCCCAGAGAGGGGUAGAUGAGGAAGUCUAUCAACCAACCAGGGCCUGACUGACUUGACAGUCCUCAGACAGACUCCUGUUCUAACGCUGCAGAACAACCAGGCCUUCAUUGCACGGGGCUACGCUGUUAAGACAAGAAUUUGCACAUAUUUAACUUUGAGAGCGGUGAUGGGUUGUGUCAUCGUUUCAAGACUAUUAAAAACACUAUCAAAGACAAUCUGCCUAGGAGAGGAGGGAAAGGGGCUGUUAUAGGAGAAUGAACAUUGCCAAAAAAUUCAUGGACUUAGGAGAGAGAAAAAACAAGAUUGUCUGACUAAGAAAAACAAAACCAACAAAAAAGUGGACAUGACUUAGUUACUGUGCCUGUGUCAAUGAAUUUCAAGUGAUGUCGACUUCAGUGGUAACGAUGAUGGAGGGAUAGUAACGGCCAUGCUUUGCUGAAUCCUGAUAAUGUAAAUAAAUACAGCGGUUCCCUUCUGCUUGCGUGCUACAGAGAGACAGACAGAGAAUGGAGCACCUCUCGUGGUGACAACGUGAAAAAUCAGAGGAUUAUCAUGGUGUGAUAGUCCCCAUCUGGUGAGUGGAGCGGAGGAGGGCGAGGAGAUCUGAAGGGAGAACACGACAACAGUUCCAUGGACGUCAUCAUUUAAACUGUGGGAUUGAAUGGAGUAUAGUAGCCUACACUUGCUUAUUAAAAGAGAUGAUGAUUAUGAUAUUAUUUUAAUUUGAACCCCACAGCCUUGCGCCCUGUUAAACCUAUCAUGGCGGCUUCUCUUCUCAUGUAAAGGAGCACAGGGGCGGAGAUGUUUGGCUAAGCUGCAUUUUCAAAGAGGAGUUGAUGGGCUUUCUACAUUGUGUAUAUUUCUGUAUAUGUAGUGUAAGUACUGUGUAAUAUAGUGACAUAAGGAGAGAAGACAGAUGCUAUUUAGGUGAAGUACAAAUGGUGAGUGAUCUAGGCCUAGUAAUGGGCUGGUCUGAAGAUAUGUGCUGUCUUUUUAAUGCUGUAAUUCAGGACAAUAGAGAGCUGUGGAGGUUAUUUAACUGACAAAUAUCCAGUAUCCAUAUCUUCGGCUGCAACAUUAACGCCUACUGUAAACCAUCGUUCACUUGAAAUGAUUUGAAGUAAAUUUAUUUUGUUUUCAUUUUGACGGUGAAGUACUUCCGGAUGAUCAGCUCUUAAACAUAACAAACACAUUACUCUGAAUAUCAUAAAGAAAAACUGAAAUUGAUUUUUUGCAUUCUAUGUAUAAGUUGUAUGCUCAUGUUCCGUGCAUGUUUCCUCAAACCAGAUGAGGUAUUGUAAACAUACUUAACACAAUUGCACUUGACAGUUUCACUUCACAACUUUCAAUAAAAAUGUUAAAGGAAUAA